AUAAGUGAUGAAUACAAUGAUAACAAUUUGUGAUAUCAAAGAACGAAAAGUUUAGUUUGGUGAAGUUGUAUUCGGUAAAUAUUAUUCCUUUUUAAAUGGACUACAAAUUUGAAAUAGGAUAAGUCAUGCAGAAGGAUCAGUUUUUCUUAUUUUAUAUUUGGAUAUUCUUUUUCUUUGAAUAUGUGCAGUGUAUAGAUCAAAGCGGAGGUGUUAGUUUAACUGAUAUUUGGCAACAAAACGCUAACAAUAUGAAUCAGAUGUUGGGAGGUUUUUCUCCGUGCAAGAUGGAAUUUUCCGGUCCUAGUAGUCAAAUGAGUUAUGGGAACCAGUUUGGUAAUUUUAAGCCUGGUGCCGUUGGAAGGAGAUCUGUAGAGAAGACAGAACAUUGUCCUUGUCCAGGUGUUGACAGUAAAGGAUGUCCGACAUGUUUGUGUAGUACUUCCGGAGACGGACAUAUUGAUGGAUUGGUACAACCAAGCACAAGCCCAGGCACCGUUACUUCAUUAGCAGAAUCAAAACUAACCAAUCAAACCCGUUCUUUUAAAAAUAUCACGACCACGACACUUCAGACAGCAAAAGAAAUUUCACCAGAGAUUUCCACUGUUUCAACAACUGUUUCCGAAAAAUCCAGUGUCAACCGUUUUAUUACCUCGAUAACCCCCAUCAAGAAACCCAAAGCAAAACAAGAUGAUUUAAUACCUGAAUAUAAGUUAAACGAUAACCAAAAAGUGCAUGAUAACUCGGAACAAACUAAAAACUCUACCGGAAGUACACGUGUAGUCCGUUUACCUUCAGACAAUACUACCGUAUACAUUGGAAUUAUCACGGGUUUAGCGACUGUUUUGUGUUUCGUAAUAGUUACCUCGGUUUUUUUUCUCUAUAAAUGGCGGAAAGCAACUGAGAAUUUAAAACAUGAACAAAAUGAGUUAUACUUUACUGAAAAGUCAUUCAGAAUAAGUAUGGAAAGGCAGCAUGGCAGAAACCAAGACGACCAACAUGAACAAGAAAGGUCUGUUUCAAUGUCUUCAAAUUAUCCUACUCCGCCAGAUUCAGAAAUAAGUAUGGACUCUGUAUUUACCGUGGACCAAACCACUGAUGUUAAAUCUCCGAUUAACUCCCCUUCAUACGGGGAACAACUUUCCGCGCCGCUGAUGUCGCCUGGAUCGACUGUCUUCUUGUACCCUCCGGAAGCAUAUCGUCAUGAAUAUCUAGAAUUGAUGUGAACUUACGCCUACGGUCAUAAAUAUCUAGAACUUUUUUUAAUGUUAUCUAUUAUAGGAUAUUGUAAAAUAAGGCAUUAAUGUUUGUGAUAUACUAUACAAUAGGAAUACGUAUCACGAUUCAAGAAAAUUCUACAUUUGCAGCUGUGACGGCGGCGUAUUUGUCAUGAGUUGUCACUCUUUCAGGCAAAUAAAACUAUGUUGUUUUGUUGUUUGAGUUUGCAAUUUCAUCUACAAUGCGUACUUGCAUUUCAUG